AUGCAGGAGGUCUUCGGCGAAAAUUUAGAGCGUGUGCUCACCGAGGACGAGGAUUUUUCCGCCGGGGAAAAACAGCUGUUUGCGAUCGCCCGGGCGCUGCUAAC